AGCAUACCUCUGGUGUUAUGGCGGGGAGAGCGUAUGCCCUCGGCAGACUGCAAGAAAAUGUCGCUAGCGACAGCUACCAGACUCUGGAGGUGCUCAUCACUGGGGGGAUUAGCCUGUCUGGGUAUCCUAUCGUCGAUUGCCUUGUCCAUGCAGCACAGCAUCGCAAUCCGCUGCUACGCCUUACUCCUCUACUCGGUGGCGCAGAUACGGAAGUAAUGGCCGCGCUGACCCGCGACGAGGAACAUAUCCUGAGGCUCUUAGUGUCCGUAUCGGGUACCAAUCAGAACGAUAUUGUACAUCUCCGUGGCACCCCUGCAGCUGACCUGUUAAAUCUUCUUGAUCUGAUUUUGCAUCCUACGUCGCCGGGCGCCCCAGACGAAUUUCCAUUCCAAGCAAGCUUAUCAAGACAUGGCGUGGAAAUAGAACGUUCGCUGCAGCGUACAUUCGUGAGGCUGUGUGAGUUGUCCCUGCAGCUCCCUCAUAGGUUGUGGCUUGCGGACGUGCACUUGGAAGACCGUCAGCUUGUGAACAGCGGGUCUUAUGGAGAAAUUUAUAAGGGCGAGUAUGAGGGGAAGGCCGUAGCCCUGAAGUCCCUCCGCGUCUUUGGGCGCCGUGAAGACGACGCGAGAAAUACAAAGGUGCUCCAAAAUCUGAAUGGCUGCUAUGGUACAUCGAUAACCAUGGCUCUUACAGGCAUUCUAUAGAGAGGUCGCGCUUGCCCGUGGCAUGAACCACAGACAUGUCUGCCAGAUACUAGGGGCUGAUCGCGAGUCGUUCGCUGGGAGUCUUAUCUGCGUGGUAUUACCCUGGAUGAGUUAUGGUAACGUCCUACAAUAUAUAGCAAAAGUUGGGUGGUCUGCACAAGACGCUAUUCGAUUGAUCUUCCAAGUGGCAUCGGGACUGGCAUAUUUACACGGGAAGAAUGUCGUUCAUGGAGACCUGCAUGUCGGGAAUAUUCCCGUGGAUGCAGCCAGAGAUGUUCGUCUAGCCGAUUUUGGACUUGCCAACUUCUCAGACUCUUCGACGAGCUGCAGCUCAGCCCAACCCGGCGCUAUGCGCUGCAUGGCUCCAGAGAUACUCGAUCCGACUCGCUUUCGUCUCCCACGCACCCAGCACACGCCCGCUAGCGAUAUGUAUUCCUUCGGGCAAGUAUCAUGGCAGAUUUACACCGGGAAAAUACCCUUUCCUGACAUGAACAACUACCAGGCGAUGUUGGCUAUCCUCGAUGGCAAAUCUCAGGAGCGUUCGCUAUCUGACAGAGACAUCUCCGACACAUUUUGGGACAUUAUACAGGCAUGCUGGUGCUUCGACCCACCCCAGCGUACUGGCGCUGUUACAGCACGCGACCGGCUCGAAGCUAUCGACUCCGCAGAUCAUGCUGACAUACCUCCACGUCCUACAAUGAGGGAUAUCGAUAGAUCCACUGGCUUUCGAUUGUCCCACGAACUGGCGCAUACCACUGAUACCGCUGGGUUCGGCAAGACGUCACGACAUCCACCUCCCCCAUUGGCUCCGACAAUCCUCGACCCCCAUCUCCAUGAUCAUAGUCUGAUGCUAUCCCCUUUGAGCAAUGCAUCCGCAUCAUUCGGCUCUGUAUGCCCCUCGCCGACACUGAUAUGCGCAAAUCCUUCCAUGCAGUACUCAGAGGUCAUCCCGCUAUCUGUACCAGCCGCCUCUCUGGCUGAGCUCGCUUCCGGCUCUCCAAAGGCUCCCCAAAGAAAUCACCAAGCAUGUGCGUCCGUGUGCGAGAUUGCAGGAGAGCAAGCGCGUCUGGCACGACAGGAACGGAAUAAACAGCGGGAAAAGGCUCUGGCCAACAGCCAGCCGGUAGGUCGGACGCGUGGACCUGCGGCAGGGCCUGUGUUGCCUCCCCCUCUGCCGGCGUACUCAGCAAACUUCCCACCGUUGUCACCCCUUCCGCUUUCAGCCUUAGAGACUAUGAGGCCACCGGCGCCAGGGUCCAGCAGCAGCGGAACAUUGCCUCGUGUACAUUUAACCAUACCAAGCACCAAAACGCACCUCGGACAAUGCGACAGUUCUGCACAUGCCACGUCUUCUUUUCGUGAAGUCCGCGGUCUGUCGUCUCUCGGUGACAGAGGCAUGGCCUCUCAGGCAGACAAUCGGUCUCUUGGCCCACAACCUCUACGUGGAGUCUCGAUUGGGUUCAGCUCACCUGCUAUCUCGUCCCCUUUGGCUCCGAUGGAGGGACCAGAACCAGACGUCAUAACCCUUCCGUACCCGAGGCAUGUCCCUUCGAGCUCUGUGGAAGCAAGCGACGAAGAUUCCGAGGAGAAGUGGCGCUUCACGGACCGUGUUCGUGGUCUCCUUCGUCGUGGGAGCAGACAUAACGGCCUUGUGAACGACAGUCUGUCUCACAUCAUCACGCCGUUCUAUACGGACGGCUUCGAGCGUGACAAGAGACGGAACCUUCCCGCGGGGGACUGUCUGUCUCGUAGUGUCACACCGCCCCCUACACACCGCCUGAGGCGUUGGAGCAAGCCGAGCCGCUUUGGAAAAGACAAUAUGUCCCAUAUCAUCACGCCGUUUUACAUAAACGACUUCGGGCGAUAGUAUGACCCUCAAGAGCAGAGACAAUAUUAUAAGUUAUGUUGUGACAUGUAUCAUUCUUUUUCCCUUGGGGCCUCACGCAACGGACAUCACAAUCUCAGCGGCUCUACUAUCUGUGUCCUCAACUACGUGCCUCUUCCUUUAUCACCAUCCGUCGCGGAUUCCUUUGACAAGGGAAAUCCUAUAUGAUCCCGGACGAUAUUUGAAUGCUGGGCGAGUUCUCGGGCGCGCCAGAGCCGACGGCCACGGCGGCACUGGGCUAUUAGCGCCGGCGGGCGCGGGCGUUCGACGCGCAGCUGGCGGUGAACGAGAAUAAUAUAGAGAUUAACGUGACAGGAGAGUGGAGCUUUGGUGUUCUUGGUGCGCGCUCAUCUUUCUCUGCG